AUGGAGCUCCCUUACACCACGGUCGACGUCUUCACGGACAAGCCCUUUGAGGGCAACCCUCUAGCCAUUGUCACGAUCCCGGCCACGACAUCCCUGACGCAGGGCCACAAACAAACCAUUGCCAGAGAGUUCAACUACUCGGAGACAACCUUUGUGCACGAAGUCGACGACCCCGCAUCCACGGAGCGCCGCUUCGAUAUCUUUACGCCGACCGCGGAACUUCCCUUUGCGGGCCACCCCACCGUCGGCACAGCCAUCUUUCUCAAGUCCCGCGGCGUCAAGAAGCUGAUUGCAAAGGCCGGACCCAUUGAGAUCGAAGAGACGGGGUCCGAGUCCGUACGGGCCGCUAUCCCGCACAACACCCAUCUUCACCAGAAGCGGCUGAGGGACCUUGGGCCCGGACCCUACAGCAAUGCGACGGCAGAACUCGCCAACGCAGAGGUCGAAGCGCCCGUCUUUAGCAUCGUGAACGGCAUGACAUUUGCUCUUGUUGAGUUGCCCUCGUUGGCAUCGUUGGCGUCGGCAAAGAUUGGGCCCAUGGAGUUUCGGCAGCAGGAGCUUCUGGACGAAGGGUGGCGCAAGACGUUCAUUUCGCGAUACUACUUUGUGCGCCUUGGGGCCGAGACAAUCGAUGGACGUGUUGUGCACAAGAUCAGAACACGUUUGAUCGAGCCCGAUCUGGAGGAUCCUGCCACUGGUAGCGCAGCCUGCGCUCUCUCGAGCUACCUGAGUUUGCACGAGUUUUCUGAAGAUUCCCUCAGCUUUGAGAUCACUCAGGGAGUCGAGAUGGGUCGUAGAAGCGACAUUUACGUUGACGCAAAGCUUGGACGGGGCACGGAUGGAACACGAAAGCUGGAGACGCUGCAUCUUGGAGGAACGGCCACUAAGGUCAUGAGCGGCACCAUCUUCUUGAAGUCAUGA